AUGGCUGGGCUAUUUGGCUGGCUCUCCAAAAAGGAGGAUACCAACUAUGAAAAGAUUCUCUUGGAAUUGGAUGACAAAAUCAGACGUAGUGAGAUGCGAUUAGCAGAGUUUGGUUUAAGAGAGCGUAGACUGCUCUAUGCAUGGUUUUUCUAUACCCUUCCUGCGUAUAUCAUUGUGCUUGCUGUAUAUGCCAUGUAUUACCGCAUGUCAGAUGGUGAACCAUGGAAGCAAUUCCUCAUUAAAUCGCUUCCCGUGGUGGUAGUGCCAAUCAUAAUCUAUCUUGUUCGUGCAGGAAUUAUAGCAUGGUAUCUCCGGUGCAGAAACGUCGAAGAGAUUCGUCUGGAUGAGCUUCGUACCAAGCAAAAUGACAAGAUUACUGAAUUGAAACUCAAGACCUCAUUCUACCUUACAAAAGGCCUCAUUGAGCGCUAUGAUAACCCAAAGUCUAAAGGUGGAAAGCAACGCAAAGGAUCCGAAAAUCCCAGUGGACAUGAUCAGACUUCUUCUGGAUCGCGUCAUCAUCCUCAAGCUAAUCGUCAACCUCAAUCUGCAGACAGUCGAUCUGAAAAAACACAAGAAUCACAUGGACAACGCCCUCACACCCAAAUGAGUCCCCAACGUAGAGCAUCUCCUAGUGUAUCUGAAAAUGGACCUCAUUCUCGCCAAAUGCUCUCUAACCAUCCGGGCUUUCAGCAAAUGGAUAAUGCACAACACACGCCACUUCAAAGACAGCAGCUAUUGCACCAGCAGCAUAUACGCAACAACGAUCAGCUUACCCCUUCACAUGUUGUACACCAACAACAGCAAAUGGCUGCUUUGCCUGCUUCUGUAAAUUGGUUUGACUCGUUGCUGGAAGCAAUUAUUGGAGAAUCCGAUGGUCCUCAACAUAAAUAUGCUCUUAUUUGCGAGAAAUGCUUUACACACAACGGUCUUGUACUCCCGAAUGAAUAUUUAGUAUCGAGAUUCAAAUGUAUGCAAUGUGGUCAUUUUAACGCAAAGAAAACAUCUGCAUAUGCAUUUGAUUUCAAUCAUUCAGCUGAGCAGUCUAGUCACACUUUCAACUCGCCAUCUCCACCGAGCUCCCCUGUUUCGCGUCUUCGUCGUCGCAGCAACUCGAUCUGCAGUAAUACAAGUGAUGCCAGUUUUUCACCCAUGCAUUAUGAUAAUGGCUCGCGCUCACAAUUUCAAACAAGUUCGGUUGAAAAUUUGACUGAAGAGCAAAGAUCUGAUGCUGGCACAAAUGAGAAUAUGACACUACAACAGCAUGAAGAAACUGUAGGCAACAAUGACACUGCAUCCGAAAAGCAUGACUCUUUAGAUUCAAAUGAGCUGCCAACAAAAGACGUUUCAUCUAACCAAGAUGCUUUGUCUGACACGAGUACACCACAGGAAGUAUUAGAAGUUGGGCAACAAGUAAGUGUAAAAGUAUUAGAGGUAAAUGAGAAGGACGAACGGAUCUCAUUAAGUAUUAAAGAAAUUGAACAGGAUCAAGCAGAAAAAGAAUAUAAGCAAUAUGAAAAAGAUGAUGAGCAAUCAGGAUUCCAAUUAAGUGAUAUUAUUGGCGAUAAACUAGAGAAGUUUAAAAAAUAG